UAGAAUCUAGAAAGGGUACUUGCUGGAAAGAAACCAUUAAAAGCAUCUGAAAUUGAGGCAAUGAGCAACGUGGGUGGUCAAGACAAGAGUAACAACUCAUCAAACAGAUCAAGACGUAGAAGACGUCGUGAUCGCUCAAUGUCACCAUCAUACCGUACUUAUCGGCGCUCAAGCCCUUCAUAUGAGCCAUUCCGAAGAAGCCCUUCUCGCUCAGAUUCUGAAUCACCAAAGUCUGAAAAUGUAGAAUUCAUUAUGGAGUUUGAGGGCGGGAAAAGCGAAGGUGGAGGCGAUUCACCUGGAUAUGGAAUGGACUUGGAGAGCACAUCGUCUUACAGGUCAAGGUUAACGCCAUCUAAGGAGACUGGUACAGCAAACCGCUCUCGUUUAGGCACCCUUGGCGUCAAUUCAAGUACCUCUGGAGCAUCUGUCUCUAUUGCACCUACCAAGAUGAGCCUUGCUGAAAAGCUUAAGCAAAGGAUGCGACAAGGGUUGGAUCAAUCCAUUCGUUCCAAUGAGAUUAAACGUCAAGCCAAAGAGCGGGAGCAGGAAUUGUCCCAAGCGCGCCAGAAAGGAGAAGGUGUAAUUGCAGAUCAGGACGGUAUCUUAUUACCACAUUCAUUGGAUUAUUCCAGGCAUGAUCAUUCAAUAGAUCAAAGUAAUAGUCUUAGCAAGAGUGAAAACAAGAGCAGGAGCAGGAGCAGGAGCAGGAGCAGCGGCAGGGACAUGAACAAGAGUAAAGAUAGAAGCAGGAGUAGAAGUAGAGGUAGAAAGAGGAGCCCAAGUCCUCCUGGCAAAGAUAAUGAUCGUGCAACCACACACCAGCGGUCGCGUCAAAACCGUAGCCGCUCCAGACAAAGAAGUAAUCGUGACAAAAGCCGUAGUAGAGAUCGUAAACAGCGACGUGGUCGUAGUAGGAGCUACAGUAGAGAGCGUAAUGGAAGAAGUCAAUACAAGCGUCGGAGGGUAAGCACGAGUCGAGAUCGCCGUCCUCGUAGUCGGUCAAGAGAUCGAGCCAGAAGGCGAUCAAGAAGUUUCACGCGAGAACGGACCCGCUCCCGCUCUCGAUCUCGCUCUCGCUCACCAAUGAAUGCAAGAUCCAGAUCCAGAUCCAGAUCCAGACAGAGAUAUGAAAGGCAUCGGCGUAGAUAAUCUUAUAAACGAAUAAAUAAUAUAUGCUGCUGGUCAUACUGAAGGAUACAAACUCGAUGUAUUGGUUGAUUGUGGAGCUACUGCGUCGUGCAAAUCGGGUUC